CCUGCAUCGAUCCUGCACUCAAAGUCACCCAGGACCAAAGUCAUACCUCAUAUCAUCCAUCAGUCGUGGAAGAACCAGACACUUCCAAAGAAAUUUGCCCGUUGGGCUGAUUCAUGGAAGCAGCACCACCCGGACUGGAUCUACAUCCUCUGGACGGACGAAAUGAAUCGAGACCUCGUCCAGCGAGAGUUUCCCUGGUUUCUGAGCACGUACGAUGCCCUGCCUCAUAACAUCAACCGCGCCGAUGCCGCUCGCUAUCUCUACAUGUACCAGUACGGCGGCGUCUAUGCCGACCUCGACAUGGAGUGUCUCCGAGCCAUGGACGCUCCCGUUGACGAGGGUGAGCCUGCCCUCAUCGAUCGCGGCGCCGCCUUGAUUGGCCGCAUGGGUCACAACACCCGGUUCGAACAUUCUCUCCCGAACGCGUGGAUGGCCAGCUCCCCGGGUCACCCCUUCUGGCUUGUCGUCGUCAACCUGAUCGUCAAGAAUCUCGGCACACCGGAGGGUGAUAGCGCAGAGAAGCUGACGGGCCCUGUGGCUCUCUACAAAGCCUGGGCUCAGUUCUCGCACCGGUUAUUCCAUGAGGAUUUCGUCGUCCUGCCUCACGGCUACAUCUAUCCAUACGACUGGAACCAAGCCCUCGUUCACGGAGCCAUCUGCAGUGCCCAAUCCAAUACAUUCGAUGAGGUGCAGUGCAAGAGGAUCCUUGAGGCUGAAGGAGAGCCAGGACAGCCAGCAUACACCAUCACAUACUGGUCUCACAGCUGG